GAUUAUUUCUCAAUUGUUAGCAAAUAAAAAGAGCGAAGUCGAGUCUCUAUGGAAGUUGAAAUUGAAGACAUUGAUGAAGUGGCGACGCUCACCGAGACGGAUAUUGUCGAGAUUCAGACGAAAUUGAUUGAGGAUCUGCAGGAGAUGGUGGUCAAGGACAAGGAGAAACACGAAAAACUGCUGAAACUCGGCGAGCAUGUGCUCGAUGAGCAAACUCGUCUGAGAACUCGGCUUUCCGAAGAAUUUGGUGACUUUCUGAACCGUUCCAAGCGUUCGUUGACGAGAAAUUUUGAGACGGCCGACGGAAAUGUGUAUAGUUUUGAGAAAAACCUGAGAGAACUUCUCCAUUUGUACAUUACCGUUCAUAAUCGAGUGAAGCAGGAUGAGAAAGAGGUUGCCAAACAGGACGAAUUCCUCAAUCAAAUCGAUCGAAAUGAGAUGGAGCUGAAGGAUUUGAGAGAUAAUAUCAGAUCUCUUCGCUCCGAGUUGACAGUGGACGUUGGGCCAGUCUCCUCGGUAACCAGUAAAACUUCGGGAAUUGAGGCCAAUUUUAUCGUUAAACCGUAUAAGCCGCUGGAAACGGAGCUCGCCACCCAAAUUGUCCGUGUGAACCGGGAGCUGGAGAUUCUCAAAAUGCAACUCCCAAACUGUGAUCAUUUUCCGAAUUUGAUGAAUCCCGUGCAGAAAUUGGGUGAAAAAGUAACCGGAAUGGUCAUGAAAGAUCUCCCCGCCAAGAAGCUCCAGGACUUUUUGGACACUCUUCCCCCAAUGAAACGUGAUUAAUUAGAACUUGAACUGUAGAAAUGAAGAUUUGAAAUUUU